AUGACAAGGGAGCAUUCGGUUACACUAAGUGAAGUUCUUCUUACAGACGUAUGGAAUGAGCCUCUUCAUGCGGUGAGUCGAACCCGUGACCGUUUGGGUCACAUUGAUUUUGCUAUGGUGAUUCCACCCCUUCGGGCGUUUAUUUAUUAUAUGAUUUGCCCAUUUUUGUGUUACCCUAUAGCGUUUUUACACUUGUGGGGUUUUUAUCGUUGUAUGCGGACACUUGUUUUUCCAAAGUCGUACAGGCGGGAUCGUUACGCUUCACACGUGAUAUAUGGCGUGCAGAAACGUGUGUAUGAUGCGAAGAAAAAGAAACUUCAUGAGAGUGCUGUAAAUGAUGCUGAAGAGAUCCAACAUGCUCUUCAGGUCACGGAUGGGGCAAGAAACCACUUUGUGGACGAUCCAAAUGCAAUGGGAGUCGCUUAUUUUGUUGUGGAACAAAAGAUCAUGAAAUCAGAGGCCAUUUUUACUGGUGAGAAUUGGGCCUGGGCGUUUAUUUCGGAUAGUUGUAGAUUUCUUACUCCAGCAAUUUUGGCCUAUCUGUUUGUUCCCUCCUGUAGGCGGUUAUCAGUAGAUCUGCGUCUCUGGUACCAGGGACGUAUACGUUGGCGACAACUGCGUCAUCCUGUGCUGAACUUCUUCAAAUCGUACCGUGAGUACAAUAGUGCUAUAAGGCGUAUUAACGUUACGAAACCACCAGAGAAAGGAAAGAAACCAUGGACAAGAAGAUUAUAG